GCGGUGUGUGGCGGCCAGCCACUGCCGCAUGCCGCAUCAGCCGCAGUGUCCCGCUUAGCCCUGUAAACGGGGAGCGAAAAGUUUGCGGUCGAUGCAGCGAGCGAGCGAGCGAUUGGGAUUUCCUUUCUUUCUGAUGAACGAGAGGGGAGAUUGCAGAUAGGAAUUCUCGGUUGAUUUUGUGCUUCCGCGGCAGAAUUCUGUUGCGCACGCGGGAUCCAGAGGAGGGGACGAACGAGCCUCUGGUUCGUUAAUGUCCACAGUGCUCUGAAUGAAUGGAUGGAAUCAACCAGCGGCCAGCCUCCAUGGCGGCUAGCAGAUCUUGCUCGGCAGUGCCCGGCAUAAGACGCGAUUCAUCGACGGCGGCAAGGAGAAAUUUGUAAGCUUGCUGACGACGCGAGCGCGAGCGGGAUGUCGUACGAGGCGUCCAUCGGCGGGGGCGGCGGCGGCGGCGGGGAGCGGCGGCGGUCCGCCUUCCACAUCGGGUACGGCGGCGUGGUGGGCGCGUCCCGGCGGCGGCUGGCGCAGCCGGAGCUGCUGGCGCGGGACGUGAUCACGCAUGGCUCGGCGCAGCUCCGCACGCUGGGCCGGUCGAUCCGCACGGGCGCGGCCAUGGCGGCCGUGUUCCAGGAGGACCUCAAGAACACGUCGCAAAAGAUCUUCGACCCGCAGGACCGCAUCCUGGUGCGCCUCAACCGCAGCUUCCUCAUCUCCUGCAUCAUCUCCAUCGCCAUCGACCCCAUGUUCUUCUACGGGCCCCGGGUGAGGGAGGAGCAGCUCCCCGGGGAGCAGAACACCAACCUGUGCAUCGGCAUCGACCACGGCCUCGCCAUCUCCACCGCCGUGGUCCGCACCCUGUUCGACAUCUACUUCCUGGCGCGCAUCGCGCUGCAGUUCCGCACCGCCUUCAUCGCGCCCUCCUCCAGGGUCUUCGGCCGCGGCGAGCUGGUGAUCGACACCGUGGAGAUCGCCAAGCGCUACUGCCGCCGCUUCUUCAUCGCCGACGUCUUCUCCGUGCUCCCGCUGCCGCAGAUGGUCAUCUGGAAGUUCCUCUACCGGGAGGACAAGACGGCGGUGCUGGAGACCAAGGACAGGCUGCUGUCCAUCAUCAUCGCGCAGUACGUGCCGCGGCUGGUCCGGAUAUACCCGCUGUCCACGGAGCUCAAGCGCACCAGCGGCGUCUUCGCCGAGACGGCCCUCGCCGGCGCCGCCUACUACCUCCUCUGGUACAUGCUGGCCAGCCACAUCGUGGGCGCCUUCUGGUACCUGCUGUCGAUCGAGCGGGUGACCGACUGCUGGCGCUUCUCGUGCAACGAGUUCCCGGGGUGCAACCAGAUCUACAUGUACUGCGGCAAGACGGAGAGCAACGAGGAGUACACGGAGUGGACCACCGUGAUCCGGCAGGUCAUCACCGAGAACUGCCAGCCCACCGACGACGGCGAGAUGCCCUUCGACUACGGCAUGUACUCGUCGGCCGUCACCUCGGACGUGACCACCUCCAAAGACAUGACCACCAAGCUCCUCUUCUGCCUCUGGUGGGGCCUCGCCAACUUGAGUACGCUAGGCCAAGGGCUCAAGACAACCAUCUACACCGGGGAGUCGCUCUUCGCCAUUACGCUCGCCACCUUCGGCCUCAUCCUAAUGGCCAUGCUCAUCGGAAACAUUCAGACGUAUCUGCAAUCGCUGACCGUGCGGCUGGAGGAGAUGCGGGUGAAGCGGCGGGACUCGGAGCAGUGGAUGCACCACCGCCUGCUGCCGAUGGAGCUGCGCGACCGCGUCCGGCGCUACGACCAGUACAAGUGGAUCAACACCCGCGGGGUGGACGAGGAGGCCCUGGUCCAGAACCUCCCCAAGGACCUCCGCCGCGACAUCAAGCGCCACCUCUGCCUGGGCCUCGUGCGGAGGGUGCCGCUGUUCGCCAACAUGGACGAGCGCCUCCUGGACGCCAUCUGCGAGCGCCUCAAGCCGGCGCUCUACACGGAGCGGACGUACAUCAUCCGGGAGGGGGACCCCGUGGACCAGAUGCUCUUCAUCAUCCGCGGCAGCCUGGAGAGCAUCACCACGGACGGCGGCCGGAGUGGCUUCUUCAACCGCAGCAUGCUCCAGGAGAGCGACUUCUGCGGCGAGGAGCUGCUCACCUGGGCGCUGGACCCCAAGUCCGGGGUCAGCCUGCCCUCCUCCACGCGCACCGUCAUGGCGCUCUCCGAGGUCGAGUCCUUCGCGCUGCACGCCGAGGAGCUCAAGUUCGUGGCGGGGCAGUUCCGGCGCAUGCACAGCAAGCAGGUGCAGCACACCUUCCGCUUCUACUCGCAGCAGUGGCGCACCUGGGCCGCCACCUACGUCCAGGCCGCGUGGCGGCGGCACCUCAAGCGGAAGGCCGCCGAGCUGCGGCGCAAGGAGGAGGAGGAGGAAGGCCGGUCGUCGAGCUUCAAGACCACCAUACUGGUGUCACGGUUCGCGGCCAACGCGCUGCGCGGCGUGCACCGGCAGCGGUCGACCAAGCGGGAUCAAGGGGAUAUCAUGAUCCAUGUCCCCGUGCCCAAGCCGCGUGAGCCGGACUUCGGCGCUGAUGAUUGACUCGCCUCCGGUUGCAUAUACUAUCGAGAUGAAGCUAUGUGACUUUGACAGUUUGACUAUUCUCUACUCAAGAAAUAGCACAGUGUUCCUCGUAUUUGAUUGUCUUUGGUUGUUUGCACUAACAUAAUCAUGCAUUACUUGCGAGAACACGAGAUUCAACAAUAGGAGAUAGAACCAGACUAGUAUCUUUGAUAAGUGUUGCACGUAAAGCACGAAGCAAUUC